AUGUUGUUGAAGUUCAGCAAUAAAUGGAUGAAUCACAAAAAGGACAGCAAUAACAAUUUUGUUGAGUACCGAGAAGAGAAACCGCAUUACAAUUUUCUGGCUAAAACUUGGGUAGAAUUUACGAAGAAUUCGAGUAUUCAUGCUGUUCAUUAUCUAACCUCGGAAACCGUAAAUGCAAUAGGAAAGUUCUUUUGGUUUUGUGUCAUAGUAAUUGGCUUUGUUGGUAUGGUAUAUUGCUGUAUCCUUUUGUCAGCUCGAUUCCGAUCGAAUCUUACAGCAACAGUCUUUGAAACUACGAAUUAUCCAAUAACUGAGAUUCCUUUUCCUCAAAUAACAUUGUGCAAUAACAACCAUAUAAAUUAUAAUAGAACUGAGGAAGCUGUUGCUAAGUUUGUUGGGAAUGCGACACAAAAGCAAAAGGAAUUCUUUGUUAACUUUACUCAUGUCCUUCAAAACAUGAUGUAUGGAUCAAAUGAUGAAUUCGAGCCAGUUCUGGAUGAAGGAUAUGAUGGAUUUAUGGAAAAUAUAAAAAUAUCAGACAUUAUCUUAUUCAUGAUGCAUGAUUGUAAGGAGUUUCUUAUUGAAUGUACUUGGCGCGAUAAAACCGUAAAUUGCUGUGAUAUAUUUUCGCUACAGGUCACUGAAUAUAGCUAUGGCUUUUCAUUCAAUUCAUAUUCAAAUGUGGGCACACAGUUUGUAAAUCGAUCAAAUCUAUUUCCUUGGAGGAUAGCCAAUACUGGCAAAAAAUCUGCAUUAACAGUCUUGACCGCUCUUCAUCUAGAGACGAAAGUUGAAAGGAAUACAGGAAUUGAUAAGCCUGGAAUAAUUCCUUUCGUACAGCAUCCACAAACUCAUCCAAAUACUGGUUUAUUCAUUUCUGUCAACACAAAUGCAGCUUUAAUUAUAAAACCCACAGUCUUUUCUACAUCUGAUGAUGUUUCUCGACUACAUCCUGCUGAUCGGCAAUGCUAUUAUAGUCAUGAAGCAUCAAAACUUAAAGGAUUAAGCAUCAAUAAUCUCCCAUAUAUGCGUGCAAACUGUAUAUCAGCAUGUCGUCACAAUCAUAUGAUGAAAUUUUGCAAUUGCUCGUUCGCAUUUCUAUUCUUUGCCGAUGCUGAAAAUCCUGAAUGUACAGUUUCUCAACUAAGAUGCUUAGCAAAAGUCAAUGAUAUCCUGAAUAUGAUUAAACCAAAGGAAAAGAAUCCUUAUUUUGAUGAGAGCGAGCAAGGUAUCACUUGUGACUGCUUACCAGAAUGUAACCGAAUUGAAUAUGAAGUAACAAUGGAACCAAUUUAUGAUGACGAGCCAAUAUCGGAAGGAAUGGUCAAAAUUGAUGUGCAUUAUGGAAGCAAAACAAUGAUUAAGUAUCGAACCGAUGUUUUGUAUUCCUGGGUUGACUUGAUGGUUGGUUUUGGUGGAAUAUUGGGUUUAUUUUUUGGAUGUUCAUUGCUCAGUGGCGUCGAGAUUUUCUUUUACUGCACAAUCGGCUUGUUUCAUGAAUAUAAACGAAGCAAGGAAGGACUUGUGAAAAUAAUUCGAGCAAAAUUUCCCUUCAUAAAUUAA